GGUUACACUGUCUUUUUUUUGUUUUCCCGUAUCCGCCAUUUCAGUUUUUGAACUUAGUUGACGUCGGCCGUUGUAGCAUAUGUGGAAUUUUGACCCUUAAACUUGUACUUCAUCUAUUGGUAGCGCCGAAUUCUCUUAUUUAACCUAACAGGAAUCGUUUUAUUUUUAUUUUGAGGUUGUGUGUCAGUGAGUUUUGAUGCCCAAACGACCAUCUGCGGAUGUCGUCUGUUUCCUAAACGUGCUCUCGGCGCUAAAGUUUUGUAUGAGUUGAAGGCUCGGCGGGUGGAUCACGGGAGGGAGCACAGGAAAGGCCCGGUGACGCCUCGGCUUCGGAGUGCUUAUCAUGGCCGGCAAUUUUGACGCGGAGGACCGCGACAGCUGGUACUGGAAUCGGCUGGGUCGACAGGAGGCUGUGUCUCUGUUGCAGGGGCAGCGACACGGCGUGUUCCUGGUGCGGAACUCCUUCACCAGCCCCGGCGACUACGUGCUCUCAGUGUCGGAGAACUCCAAGGUCUCGCAUUAUAUCAUCAAUAGCAUCAGCAAUAACCGACAGUCCGGUCCAACAAGUCAGGCCCAUCUGAGGUUCCGUAUCGGCGACCAAGAGUUUGACGCACUCUCUGCUCUGCUGGAGUUCUACAAAAUCCACUACUUGGAUACCACCACCCUAAUAGAACCCAUCAACAAGUCCAAACACACCUCCUUUAUCAGUGUCGGCCCUGGUGGAGCCAUUCCACCCCGUCUGGAAGAUGAGUACGUACGAGCGCUUUUCGAUUUUCCUGGCAACGACGAAGAGGAUCUUCCAUUUCGGAAGGGUGAUGUUCUCCGUGUUCUCGAGAAGCCAGAAGAGCAGUGGUGGAAUGCUCAGAACUCAGAGGGCAGAGGAGGGAUGAUCCCAGUUCCGUACGUGGAGAAGUACCGACCCGCAUCUCCUAAUGCGGUGGUUGCAUCCUGUGGACCUGCGGGCCCACCAGGAGGAGUGGGAAUGUUGGGGAACUCUGACGGCUCUGCAGCACCGCUACUAGGAGAUCCCAGCCAGUAUGCCCAGCCUACCCCACUCCCAAACCUCCAGAACGGACCUGUCUAUGCCAGGGCCAUACAGAAGAGGGUGCCCAAUGCCUAUGACAAGACGGCCCUGGCUUUAGAGGUGGGCGAUAUGGUGAAAGUGACCAAAAUAAACGUCAACGGCCAGUGGGAGGGGGAAUGUAAAGGAAAGUGUGGACACUUUCCCUUCACACAUGUCAAACUGCUGGACCAGCAUAACGCUGAGGACGAACUCAGCUGAGAGUGGACGAGCGGGUGCAAACUGGACACUAGUAUUAGACCCUGCUUUCCCGCUUGUUUCUAAUGACCACAUCUAUUACCUCCACCAAGUACAGUUUCGCUCAAUCACUAUGAAAUACUACAAACUGACAUGUUCCUGACAGUGCAACACAGCCACCUCCUGCUCUCACCAUCUGAUUCAAUGCCAACCAAAAGGUGGUCCACGCAUUUUGCAAUUUCACUCUCACUUGUACUGACACGCCUGUCACUGUUCACAGAACCCCUCCUUUUUUCAUCCUGUGUUCGAGCUGGUAGAUAAUUGUUCACUCUCCUCAAUUUCCUGUUUUAGGCCAUGGCCAUCAGUUCAGUCGGAAAAGAACGUAAAGAUAGUUGGUUAUACUUGUUUUCACAAAAUGUCAGACAUUUCUUAGUACUGUAUUUUCCGGACUGUAGAGCGCACUGGAAUAUAAACCGCACCCGUUAAAUUAAAAAAUAAAAAUAAAAGUUUUACAUACAUUAGCCGCACUGGAUUAUAGGCCUGUACGCUGUGAAAUGAGAUAUUUACACAAAAUAUGCAAGAACGCCCCUGAUGGCCGUUGGCUAAGAAAAAUCCAUAGAUAUGCAGCAUCAUUGUAAAAGCUGCAGGGUUCAAAGCAUAGGAAAAAAAGUAGCGGCUUGUAGGGGUGUCAAAAAAUAUAUAUAUAUUUUUAGUCUGUCCUGUCCAGCCACUCAGCCAAAUCAUAUUGUUGAGGUAGAUGCUCAUAUCUGCUGUACAGAUUCACUUUAGAAAAGAGAAAUGUUGGAUACUUCUCGUGUUGCCUUAUUUGUAUUUGACUUUAUUUAAUGUUUGGGUAGCAUUUUAUUAAACAAAACCAGUUUUCUUUUUAGUAAUGUAGAAAUGUAUCAGAGCUGUUUAUUUUAUAGAGGGAUGUAGUUGAUCAUAGAACCGUCACCCAAGGUUAUUAAAAAAGUAUUACUUUUGAAUGGAGAAUCAUGUGGCGCCCAAAGAUUCACAGACCUAGCGGCUUAUAGUCCGGAAAAUACGGUACAUUCGUUGGUACAUUGUCUUUCAGUAUGAACCCCAAAUGAUGAAUGAAUGAAUUAACUGAAUGUAGACCUUUGCUGUAUUGGUUGAUUCACUUUACGGGGUCCUAUUAUUCAAAAAACAACUUUUUUGUGUUUUUGCGAUCCCCAAAAGUCCCGAAAAUUUGAAAUCAAGCCAUGAUGGCAUGUCGUAGAUAUUUUUAAAACAACCUUGCCUUUUUCCAAUCUUGCACCGAAAGAUAUGUUUGGAAUUUGAGACUGUAGUGAUGUAUUUUGCCUUAGUUACGUCAGCAGAUAUCUCCAUAGAAGGUUACCCAAAGAGCCAUUUUUUAUUCAGUCGUGGUCCAAAGUUGGAGUCAGUAAGUCCCUUAUUUUUCUCUAUCCUCUUGUUGUGGGGCAGACUGUCUCGUAAAUGCACAUGCAUGCUAAAAUCCUCCACUGUUGCCAUUUCUAACUAAAAGUAGCGUAGAGUUUCAACUUAUAUCUGUCAAUAGGCUCGCUAAGGAAGCGCUAAAAACUACAACGUGGCUGACGGGGUGGAGACUCAGUCGAAGGUGGCUUGGCCUGGAGGAGGGCGUCAAUAAGCCCGCCCAAUCUGAUGAGGGAGUCAGAAAGCAGCUUAAAGAUGGUCUGUAAAACGAAACCUAUUCACAUUUUUGACCAAGCACCACCAUGACAUGUUUUGUAGACCACAAGGAAGUGUUUUAAAUGUAGAAAAAAAAUCACAAGAUGACCCCUUUAAUGACUUUUAGCCCUGGCAGAAAAGGUCUUUGUUUUACUGUGUUUUAUUGGAGUUAAUAUUAGAGUGCAGUCAAACUUGUUUAAGUCAACAACUUAUCAAAGUUGUGGUCCACUAUGUUCUUAUUACUAAAAAAGUACUUGCUUUAUGGAUAUGAAAUUUGAGACCAGAAAGGGUAAUUUCUUUGGAAGACUAACAUCAUUAAUGCACAUGUGUUUUUUUGUGGUUAUCGAAGUCAUAAAAAAAAAAGAAGGGUGAGCAAGGCAACAGUAAAGGAAAAGCCACAUCUUAUAUCGCAGUAGACCGCUCUUAUAGCGACCCUUUCUGCAAACCAUCAAAAUGCAUCCAUCUAAAAUUAACACAAAUGGAGGAAAGCAAUGUCAACAAACUGUCGUAGUUUAAAAAAUAUGUUAUCGCCCAUUCUCCUUAUGUUCCUGGUCUAAGUCACAAGCCAUGACUAUUUUGUCUUAUGUCGACAACAGCUUAUGUCAUCGCAAGCCUGCAAUCCAAGAGAUGUCGACCUAAACUGGUUCCACUGUAUUGAGAGAGCAGCAUUAACCUAGCACAGCUUACCCAACUCGCAUUGACUUCCCGUUCAGUAAAAAGUAAGCUUCAAAAUAAAACUGAAUUAUAUAGCUCUUUUUCUCUGACUGCUUUACAUAAUGAAAUCCAAAAUGUUAAUCUUUAAGCUACAUUUAAACCAGUGUGGGUGUCUUUCCAAAGGACACAACGGAAAUUACUUUGACGGCAGAAGCAGGAAUCGAACCUGGAACCCUCAAGUUGCUGGCACGGCCGCUCUACCAACCGAGCCACACCGGCCGAAGCAUGGCAGGUACCCUGGAUUCUUCCACUGCAACAAGUAAAAUACACCCAAACUUCGAUAGGUUCAAAGUGGUAUUUGGUCUGUGGUCAAAGUCACAAGUAAAUAAGCAAGCAAUGACGAGUUUGGUUUAGAUUUAGUUUAGGUUGACGAUGCCCCUUGGACUGCCUGAUUAACGUCGACGUAAACUGUACUAAAAUUAAAAGAGUCACAAGGAUUCUGCACUGUCGACCCAAAAAAAUUCACGGAUCCGUCCCACAAAAGUUGACAAGUUUUUAUUUUCAUGGAGCUGAUCAAAGUUAACCCAAACGGUCAAACAUUCACACUUUGGAAAUGAGAACCAACAACAGGAGUAGAAUGAACCCCUGUACUACACUUUAGCAUUCAUCCUCCAAGUAGUAUUUAUAUUAUUAGGUUAACCUUUUAGUUUCAUGUUAAACUAUUAUUUAGUUGACUCAUGUUCUUUGUUUUGAAGUUUUCUUCCCCAGCUGAUUUUGAUCGGAAAUAUAUACCAUUUUUCACACUUUGUACUGUUGCAUGUGAUCUUUCUUAGUGUAGUCUUUAUUCUAUGUUUUAAGUAACUUAGACUUCUCAUUUCAAGUCCUCCCUGGCCUGACAAUCUUGACCUGGCUCACUCUCACUACACAGGCAGGGCUGGAUUUCAGAUUGAGAAUGGAAGUUUCUCACUAGGGUCCACAUUUCUGUCCCCUUCACCUAGUCACCCUUUGAGUGGAACUACAACAUUAUUCAGAGAUCAAUAUCAUGGGAACCAGUGCUUCUGAGAUUAAAUUAGGUGGGGUUUUUUAAUUGAACGCACUUAAUGCUUUUACACUAAUUUUUUUGCAUCCGUCAACAUGCCUGUUUUUAUUGAUCUACUGUAGAAGUGUACAGGUGCUUGACUAUUGAAUUAAAGCUAUGGCGUCACAUUAGUACCAAAAAUCCAAGCGCGUAAAAACUGUUAUCGCGC